CCUCGUUCCGAUUGGGCGAAUGCAUGUGGGCUUCCAAUUGGCUGCAGCAGAGAUUGCUAUGGCAACGCGUGCUUCUUCCAACUUUCCCCAGCUCAUGAACCAGCGAUGGGGCCGGAGAGUCUCCAGCAGCCCCAGCCACAUAAAGCAAAGAUAUGUAUGUGGAAAUAUCUAGAUGUUCACUCCAUGGAUCUCAUCAACAAAGCAGAAACCACUGAUGAUCUGAAGAACCUCCUCUCCAAGCUCAUGAAUCUGCAGGAUUUUGACUCCAACCCGCGCUCUGCUAUCUUACUGGAUCUCUACUUUUACACCAUCCAGUUCAGCCGGGAGCAGGGGUUCAGCCGGGAACAGACCUCCGCCUUCUUCUCAAUUGUGAAGGACGUCCACGAGGCCUGUGUGGAAACACCACUGCCCAACGUGGAGGAAUGCUACAACUAUUUCACCGAACUUGUCUUCUGCCACUCCAUCCGGAGACCUCCCUUCAGCAUCAAUCUCUUCAGUCAAGACCAACUGGUGCUCAUAACAGACUACAUGAUCAACACCUACUUCCGACACUACAAGCUUUACAAAUACGCCUUCACCCCACAGGUGCGGUUGGACAUAUCGUUCACCUAUAUUGGGAUGCCGGAACCAGAGCCCAAAGAUGAAGACGCAACGGCUGAGAGCACGGAGGCCGGCGUGUCGCCUUCGCAGGAGGAAACGGAAGAGCCAGAAAUCCUCCCGGAAGAGAGUCCCACGGCGGUGCUGCGGGAGUAUAUCGCAAGCCAGCUCAACCAGGAGCUGGCCCAGCUGCGCCUUUCGGUGGAGCAGCGCUUGAAGACCACGGAGGAUCAGUUUAACACCAAGCUGGUCCAGCUGGAGAAAGGUUCCGGUGCUGGCAAGGGGAGCGCGAAGGGGAAGAAAAAGUGAGCAGGCCGGCCUGGGGGGAUGUGAGUGUGAGAAGCGCAAGGAGAGGUGGUUCGGAUCCCGGCGCUGUUGCCUCCUCGCCUUGGGAGCUCCUGCUGGAGAAGUUUGACUGGUCCGUCCGUCAAAUACGCCGUACAGCAAAAGGCAGGGAGGCGGCACAGACGUCACCACAGCAAACACUGCUUACAACGGCCCUCCCGCUGCGUUGGACUGCAACUCCCAUUAUUCCCAACCACCACGGCCCACUGGACUG